AUUUGUUGUUUUAUUCAACAUUUAGUCGUAUAAAAUAAUUUAGAUUGGAUUUAUUACAGUUAGUCGUUCAUAAUUAAUUGGUAAAAACAUUUUUUUUAUUUAUAAAAUUCAGGAAGCUUAUACAAUUCUACUUCAUUGAUGUAAUAAAAUAUAUAUGAUGAAUUCAAUGCUAUCAUACAUACUGUUACAUAAGCCUGAUAAAUGGGAAACUGUGAACAACUACGAUGAGAGUUAUAAAUUAUUUGAUCUCGAGGUGAAUAGUCUAGAGUAUAUUAACAUCAUUACACUUUUUAACUCAAUUUCACCAAAGAUCAAGAGUAUAAAAAGAGUUCAAAAUCCAUUUCAGUAUGGUAGAUUUAAAUUGAGACAAGAAAUGCUGCAAAAUAUGUUAGAGGAGACUGCAUAUUAUGUCGUACAUAUGAGCAAACUUAAAAUAGCUCUGAAAUUCACAUGCGACUACAGGAGACUUACAUGUCAAUAUUCUAACAAACAACCAUGUUUUAUUUCUAGCGUCUCUGAAGCUAUUUCAAAAGCUAUGUUAAACGAAAUGGAAGACAAAAAAAAUAUAUUAAUCUUAUCUAAGAUACCAGGUCCAACUAAAACUCAAAGUAAAUGGUCUAAAUUGAGUUCAAAUAGUGAUUCUUGAUGAAUGGAAAAACGGAUCGCUUAUUGUAAAAUUACAUCUAAAAUAUCAGAAUUUCUAUUUUGAUCGUAUGGAAAGUAGGUGGGUGUAUCUGGAGCACACAUGAUUGUGGAACUCUGAAAGAUAAUUGAAUAAUUUACGUCUGUUUGGUUUUGUAGCUUUGUGGUUCCAUGUUGUGUGUUUGCAGUUCGUCACUUACUAGCAAAAUUCUUUGAUAGCUAUUUAAUAUUUUGUCAAAGUCAUUAGUGUACAUUUGAAAGCUAGGCGACUGGUAAGCGCUAAUUAUUGUUGUGAUUGAGUAAUUUAUUGAAAUAGAUAUUGCUAUAUAGAUAUAGAUUGAUAAUAGAUACUGCUUCAAGAGUUUACAAUAUAGGUAGAUAAGUUUGAUGAUGUUUAAUUUUUGUUUUAAUUAUUAUAGCUACACCACCUGAAGGUCACACCACUAGCCCAUCUUUGCGAUAAGUCGUGUACCCAUUAAAUUUAAUUUUGUCACUAGCAAUAAAGUCAGGUAUACAUUUAUCCCAUAAACAAGGAUGUUCU